AGGAGACAAUGUUGAUGUGUAUGUGAAGACCAGUUCAUUAAACAGGGAGAGAAGGAACAAAGAUUGACAUUUGUUUCCCAGCAACAUCAUCUUCAGUAGGAUUGCUACUAUGGACAUGUCCAACACUGCUCCAGGUACAAAUGUUCAGCAGCUUAAAAGCGAACAUUUAUUAAUGACUAAUAUGGAGUAUGGAGAAAGCCAAGUUCUUGGAUGCAUAUAGUGUUCUCCUAGCAAGUAUUCUGUGUAAAAUUCCUGCUUUUGAAAACCUCAAGAAGCAAGUACCAUGUCAUAUUCCCCAUGAAUACAGCCAAUAGAUGGCCACCAGAUUUGAAGUUUUCCCUCUACCAAUUAUGUUCUUCAAUGAAUCCAAACAUGAGGAGUGUAUGGGAAUCAUGGAUAGCUAUGAGAAUCAGCUAACCAGGCUGUUUAAAAAUGCAUUUGGAAACAUAGACGCGCUAAGAAGGUAUGGGGUACCUUUAGGUGGUGAUCAGCUGACUCAAGUACGACUUCAGGAGACCAAAAAUAUAAGAUCAUUAGCUGUCACUCCAGAGAGGCGAUAUGCCGAUUUACAUCCAAUCGUAUGUGAGAUGUGGCAUUCAAAGCAAGAUUUUCUAGAGAAAUGUUACAAAAAGUUUUUUGGAGAAAAACAUUCCUCAAGCCAGGGAACCCUUGCCCACUUCAAGACCAUUCUUCACAGAACAGAUGUGAAUGGAAAAGUAAAAGGAAGGUUUAAGCCACACUUUGAACUCUUGAUGCUUGUUGGAGAAUGGAUGGUCCAAGAACAGUUUCUUGAAUUUCUCAACAUGGAGUCUUUUGAUAGCCAACCAACACAUCAUAUGACAAAGGACCUUGAUGACCCAGAGAAUCAGAGAGACAACUUAAUGAAACUAAUUCAAGAGUUCAUGAAACACUUUGGUUAUGGUCAAGUAGACUGUCCAAAAAAGGAUGAAGCAGACAAAAUUUGCAUCAUUACACCUGAAGGACAAAAUAUACAAAUACAGUUGGUUCCUACAAACAAGCAAAGUGAUGAGUUGUAUAAUUAUUCAGUUCAGCUUUGCCAAUGGUACUUGCACCUGAAUGAAUUAAAUGAUACUGCAAAAGAAGGAGACUUGAAUAGGACAAUCUUGAACUGUCAGUACUCACUACCAUUCUUCUUCUCUCACUCUAAACUUAGUAAAUACUUAGUUGAAAAUAUUGACUAUGUAUUGAAGUGCAAGUACCUCUUGAGCCCUUUACAAAGAAUGUGUGUUCUUGAGGGAUCUUACGUAAACAUUAAUGGUGGUCAAGGGCAAAAUGUUGAGAGUGAUCUGACUCAGGAACACUCAGUCUGCAAUCAGAAAAUGCUGAUUAAAUCUUUAGGAGCAAACAAGAGUGAAAAUGCCAUUAAAAGAGUUACAGGUGCUGCAGAAACUAUUUCAAAUAUCUGUGAAAAGUUUGAUGAGGGUGUUUAUAUCAAACCUAAAUCUGGGAGUCACAGCAAACCUCUCAAUGAAGCUGACCAAAAACUAGUGUCACGAACAUUACGAAGGCUUAGACCUUUUCGUUUUACACCAGGGAGGAAGUGUCCAGGCUUCAGUAACAUUGACAUUGUUCCUGUAACAUUUGAUAAACUACCAGGCAUGCAUGCUAGACUAAAUCAAAUUAUCUCCCGUCUCACAAAGGUCUUCAUGUAAAUGUUGAUGAAAAUGAUAAUGAUUCAGAAGUGGAGUAGAUUUUGUGAAUGAGUUAUG